AUGAGUGAAAGUAACAAACGUAUACCGAAAUCAAAGAGUCAAAGUCCUCUCACUAGAUCAAUUUCAGUGGAAUCAAUAGCACCAAAACUUUCAUCUUUUUUUGGUAAAAGAAAGAGACAUAUCCAUAAUGAUACAUCAGAUUCGAAUCAUGAGAGUGAAGAUGGUAGUGAUACUGACGCAUCGGUGUUAAUCGAACAGAAUUUGAAGAAAAGAAAAAUUUUGGAUGAAGAACAUGAAAAAUUCUUACAAAAUGAAAAGAAAUUAGAUGAAGAAUUACCCGAAGAUUUAAGAAAAUUUAGACCAACAGGUUACAAAUUCAAUUUACCACCAACUGAUAGGCCAAUUAGAAUAUAUGCUGACGGAGUGUUUGAUUUAUUUCAUUUGGGUCAUAUGAAACAAUUGGAACAAGCUAAAAAAGCCUUUCCAAACACCGAAUUGGUUUGUGGUAUCCCUUCAGAUAUUGAAACUCAUAAACGUAAGGGUUUAACCGUUUUAACUGACCAACAACGAUGUGAUACUUUAAUGCACUGUAAAUGGGUUGAUGAAGUUAUCCCUGGUGCACCUUGGUGUGUAACCCCAGAAUUUUUACUUGAGCAUAAAAUUGAUUAUGUUGCACAUGAUGACUUACCAUAUGCCUCCACCGAUAGCGAUGAUAUUUAUAAACCUAUCAAAGAAAUGGGAAUGUUCCUCACAACCCAAAGAACUGAAGGUAUUUCAACAUCUGAUAUCAUAACAAAAAUCAUAAGAGACUAUGACAAAUAUUUAAUGAGAAACUUUGCAAGAGGUGCUACUAGAAAAGACCUUAAUGUUAGUUGGUUGAAGAAAAAUGAAUUGGAUUUGAAAAAGCACAUUAGUGAUUUUAGAACUUACUGGGUUAAAAAUACUACGAAUUUUAAUAAUGUUUCAAAAGACUUAUAUUUUGAAGUAAGAGAAUUUUUGAGAGGGAAGAAAUCAGAUUUCCAUUUAUCGGACUUUUUGUCUAUCAGUGAUUCAGAUGAUCAUGAUACAAGACCAAUCCCAUCACCAAGAUUGAAGAAAUUGAAGAAUGAUGGAAAUUUAUCACCAAUGGCAGAAUUUGCUGCCAAAUAUAUUGGUAAUGCUAAUAAAGAAUUAAAUGGUAAAUCAAUUUUCGCUAAUGUCACUAACUGGAUCAAGAGGGAUGAUUUGAAUGAUGAUGAUUCAAGUACUCACGAAAGUGAUACAACCUUGAUUACCAACAAAUCACCAAGAAGAGCUGUUAAAAAUUUAAAAGAUCUGGAAUCUUUGAAAUCUAGAAAACUUAAAGUUCCUGUCAGCAGGAAAAAAUUAAAUUAA